CGCGGUCCAAUUGAGCCUGAGCUUUUUCUUUUCUUUUUUUCCCCCUUCUGCCUCUUUGGGUCACCUAUUGAGACGCACUCGGAGGCAAAAGAGAACUUUUAGGAAGAACCAGCGGUGAUAUUUAGUCACACGUGUGGAAAAUUGAAGCAACCGUUCUCCACACCAGGAAGACGCACAGCCGCGCAACUCGUACACGCGGAAGGGGGAGUGAGUUGAAGAAACACAACGAGAAAAAAAGAAGUUGAUUUCUUUGUAGGUCAGGGUGAGCGGGGGUGAAAAAGCCUGGAAUAAAAGCGAGGAGUCCGCUCCACAGUUGGAAAAGAUGCCGCGCGUAGUUCCGGACCAGAGGAGCAAGUUUGAGAAUGAGGAGUUUUUUCGCAAGUUGAGCAGGGAGUGUGAGAUUAAGUACACCGGCUUCAGGGACCGACCCCACGAGGAGAGGCAAGCCCGCUUCCAGAACGCUUGCAGAGAUGGACGCUCAGAAGUAGCCUUUGUGGCAACAGGCACCAACCUCUCCCUCCAGUUCUUUCCAGCCAACCUGCAUGGAGAUCAGAGGCAGGUUCCUACAAGGGAGUAUGUUGACUUUGAGAGAGAGACAGGAAAGGUCCAUUUAAAGGCUCCGAUGAUCUUGAAUGGGGUGUGCGUGAUUUGGAGAGGUUGGAUCGACCUACAGCGGCUCGAUGGGAUGGGAUUCCUCGAAUACGACGAUGAGAGGGCACAGCAUGAGGACGCGUUGGCUCAGGCAGCAUUUGAGGAGGCUCGACGCAGAACCAGAGACUUUGAAGAGCGAGAGAGGUCACACAGAGAGGACCUCGAGGACCCUGUGGUUUCUAAAAUUUGGGACUGAUGACAGACAGACAGAGAGAUACACCAGCAGAAAACAAUUCCAGAUGACAGCAGGACCCCAGCCCUGGUUUUAAGAUGCGCAGUGCUAAUCCAGAACACAAGAUGCGAUGAGGAAGAUGACAAGUAGAUGAAAACAGAAGAGGAGGAGACUCAGCCUGUUAUUCUUUCACUUUCAAUACAUUUGUCAAAAGAGAAAUGUUUUUUUUUAAAUUAUAGUCCAAUAUUUUUAAAUGACUUGCUUAAGUAUUGAGGAAUUUCAAUAUAGAUAUAAUUGAUUGGAUUACAGCGAACCAUGUAAAUAAAAGUAUUAAUAAUAUCUACUGUUUUUGAUCACAUUUAAAUGUGACAAAUUUCUUAGUAGACAAGACUUGAAAAUCAAGUUUUAAUAACCAAAUAAUAGUAACCUAAAUGUGGGGGGAAAUGACAGAGGGAAGCAGAAAAUAAAUCAUCAGGGAUGAUCACUUAGCUAGUUACAUCAACAAUAGGGGGGGAGAGAAAAAAAAAGCUCAAAAUCAGGAGGCCUCCUGUUUCCUGAGACCAAAGUUCAGUUGUUAGAAGUGGUACCAAAAGAAAAAUUGUGUUUUCUUACUGGUAGUUGUCUCAAAUGACCCCAUCGAUGAGAUAACGGUCCAAAAAUGUAUAUUAGGUCAGGGGUAAAGCAGCGACAACCAAUGAUGGAAAAUGAGGGGUGGGGGCAUUUAGAACAUGCCAUCCAGCAGUGUUUUGCACAAUGUGAUGCAAUCUGUCAAAUUCACAUUGGUUUUGUUUGCAUGGUACGCAACGGAGGGUUACCUAUUUUGUUGGCGGUCCCACGGGCAGCCUACACAUCAUCAGAGCACUCUCUUUACAGAUUUUGGGUGAGGAAUAACUGGGUGAUUCAAAGUCACACCACACUAAAAGACACACCAAAAUGAAGCAUACAUCAGUUAGUAAUUUUGAAGGUUUUCCUUAAUGGCUUCUUUUAUCUAACUUUAUAUAUAUCCAUUGGUCCGUCCCCCAGUUAUUCCUCAUUAAUUCUUGGAAAAGUGUGAAUGCAGUAAAAGGAAGCAAUUUCCUAUUAUGGCACGAACGAAAUUUUUUGUUAUAGUGUUGUGUGCAUGUGAGUGCGUGUGCAUUUGUGUGUAGGUGUGAGUGCAUGUAAAAGUCAGGAUGUUUACUUUUUGUAAUCUCACUCCUUUUCAUAUAUAUUCUUUUGUGUUCAUCAACAACAGUGCUAUGUGUC